CCAGCGAAUCAUGGCCGCCACCGCCAUGAUCAUACUGCUCCUCCUUGCCGCCGCAUCUCCACGCGACGGCGGCGCGACAGAGUACACGGUGGGCGACUCCGAUGGGUGGGCCAUCGGCCCCAACUACGACGCCUGGUCGCAGCAGUACAACUUCACCGCCGGCGACACGCUCGCGUUCAACUACGUGCCGGUGCUGCACGAUGUGUACCAGGUGACGCAGGACGCGUUCCGGACGUGUCAGCCGGCGGCGGGGCAGACGGUGCGCAUGUGGGCGUCCGGGAGCGACGUCGUCGACCUCGCAGCGCCGGGGGACUACUACUUCCUCUGCAACGCCCCCGGACACUGCUUCGGCGGCAUGAAGCUCUCCGUUUCCGUGGCCACGCCGCCCCCGCCUCCUCCGUCGUCGCCACCCACGCCUCCAUUUCUGGCACCUCCCACGCCGGUGUUGCCGCCGCCGCCGAGCCCAGACGCCGUGGCCACGCCACCCUCGCCUCUGCCUCCCCCUCCUCCCCCGACAGCUUUGCCAACGCCCGCGCCUCUACCGCCGAGCUCCGGAGCGUCGUUGCAAGGCCGGCUCGACGUGGCGGCCGGUAUUUCAUGUCUCGCUGUGACCGGGUUGUGGAUUAUCUUUCCAUGCUGGAGUUGAUGGAAUAGGUCCGAGAGUUGACUUUGCAUCAUCUUACCUUAUUCCCAGUUUGGUAUUGAGUUUUUGGUCGGUUGAAAAAACGGAUUUGCUAAAUUCCGGUCACCUGAGAAUAAAUCUCAGUCAAUGGUACAGCCAUCUGAUAUGGGCGCUUGUGCUGUGAAGUGAAGUCACAGGGCACGUCCGUACGCAAAGGCUUGUGCACUUGUUAUCCAUGGGCCUUUUUUUCUUUGCUGCGUGCAAGUCGGGCUGCUUCCCGCAGGCUUCAGGAUAGUUUCGGGAUGGGCUUCUUGUAUUUAUGUACUCCCUUCGAUCUAUAACAAGGGUUGGAGUUUUAGUUCAAAUAUGUUCUAGUAAUUUAAACUGAAAUCUGG